AUGCCCAAAUGCAGCCGGGAGCUGUUGCAUAAUCCCAUAACAUCUCUCUGUUCUUGUGAGCAGGCUCCCGAGAGGGACAAGCAAACAGAGGACCAGAGGCCCUCAACUCCUCCUCCAUCACCCCAGCCAGCCGCCGAGAGGAGUUCAUAUCUCUACUCCACGGAGAUCACACUGUGGACAGUGGUGGCCGCCAUUCAGGCCUUGGAGAAGAAGGUAGAUUCCUGCCUGGCCCGCGUGCUGACUCUGGAGGGGCGCACCGGGACGACGGAGAAGAAGCUGGCCGACUGCGAGAAGACGGCCGUGGAGUUCGGGAACCAGCUGGAGGGCAAGUGGGCCGUGCUGGGGACCCUGCUGCAGGAGUACGGGCUGCUGCAGAGGCGGCUGGAGAACGUGGAGAACCUGCUGCGCAACAGGAACUUCUGGAUCCUGCGGCUGCCCCCGGGCAGCAAGGGGGAGGUCCCCAAGGUGUCCAGGUCACUGGAGAACGACGGCGUCUGUUUCUCUGAGCAGGAGUGGGAGAAUCUGGAGGACUGGCAGAAGGAGCUCUACAGAAACGUGAUGGAGAGCAACUAUGAGACGCUGGUCUCUCUGAAGGUCCUUGGCCAGCCAGAGGGAGAAGCAGAGUUGAGUACAGAGAUGCUGGGCGACCUAGAGGAGGAAGGCCCUGUUGGUGCCCACCCAGCAGAUGGGGUUGUGAUCAAACAGGACCUACAGUACAAGCCAGAAGGCUCUUCACAUCUUCCUGGAGAGUUCUCAGUCAUGACUGAAGAGCAGGCUUUCCUGACGCCAGAGCACACUGAGCUCUGGGAUGGUCAGGGCAGUUCUGUCCUCGUGGAAACAGGUCCUGGGGGUUCUAACCUAGAGGAGCCCAUUGAGGGCAGUAGAGACCUUAGCAGUGGCAGAAUUAUGGACCUCCCAAAGCAGAAAUCUCAUAGGCAGACACAGCUGAGUCAGGAACAUGGGCAGGGCCUGAAGCUGAAAAGGGACACUUCCGGCCCCUAUGAGUGUUCUGAAUGUGAGAUCAGCUUCCGCUAUAAGCAACAGCUGGCCACACAUCUGCGGAGCCACUCAGGGUGGGAGUCUUUUACACCCGAAGAGCCAGAGGAGAGCCUUAGGCCCAGGCCACAGCUUAAGCCCCAGGCCAAGAGGGCCAAGCUGCACCAGUGUGACGUGUGCCUGCGGAGCUUCAGCUGCAAGGGGAGCCUGGUGACCCACCAGCGCUGCCACCGGCAGGAGGGGCCCGGUGACGGCCAACGCAUGCAGGAGAGGUUCUCGCCCAACAGCCUGGUUGCUUUGCCGGGCCACAUCCCUUGGAGGAAGAGCCGGAGUUCCCUCAUCUGUGGUUACUGUGGCAAGAGCUUCAGCCACCCGUCGGACCUGGUGCGGCACCAGCGCAUCCACACGGGCGAGCGGCCCUACAGCUGCACUGAGUGUGAGAAGAGCUUUGUCCAGAAGCAGCACCUCCUGCAGCACCAGAAGAUCCACCAGCGGGAGCGGGGCGGGCUGGCCCUGGAGCCUGGAAGGCCCAAUGGCCUGCUUUAAGAGUGCCAGCCCCUCGCCCGUCUGGGGGGCGGAGGGGGGUGGCAUUCGUCCCCCCGAAGAGACACUGUGCAGAGUCAGGGACUGACUUCUUCCUGAGGGAAGUUGCUUCUGAUUUGCCUUGCCUUGACCAGGUACCUAGCCAAGCCCAAAGGCUGUCCUGAAAAUCACGUGGAAGAGGAAGAGUCUGGGACCAGGUCUUUACCCUGCUGCUGAGUUUGCUAUCUCUCAUUUGCCCAUCUGUGCUGAUACUCUUGGGCUGGGGUCGGAGAUCUGACCCCGCAGGGUCUGGUGGCUGGUUCCAGGACUCGCCCUAGCAUUUCACGUCUUCCUUGAAGGGUUGAGUCAGGCCAUGGGAGGUAAGCAGGUGUGUGGAAGAGUUCUGAGAAGCAUAACCUUCUAUUUCUUCUUUUGUAGUCUCUGUUAAUAACAAGUAGAAGAAAUAAUUUAAAUGAACUGCUUAUUCUGCUCUGAUGAACCUUGUUUUGGAAUUAGAUUUUAGUUGAUUUUUAAAGAAUAAAUCCCAACACUUGUUUUUUAAAUUUCAAGAGUUGUAGAAGUUGUUCCUAACAUGGGGACUGGGCCUACCCUCUAGGAGGGAAUAGUAAGUAUAUGGGGCUCUUUUAGCCCACCCGCACUUAGGCCAGAGAGCAAGGUUCAUACAGGGCUCCCUCUUGUGGGAGUGCUUGGUGCUCUUAAAUGGGCUAAUUGUGUCAAAAGGACCAAGAGGAAGUGAGUGGCAGGGCAGACCUCAUCCCUGCUGAGAAUAAGGAUUCUGGUAAAGGAGCUGAGUCUGGCUCUGGGAGCUUGGGUGUCUCAGCAUACCCCUCUCUUCCUCUUCCCACCCACUUUUUGCUGCGGUGCUGCAGCCUCCUGGAGUAGAAAUAAUUACAGGGUGUCCCAGAAGUCUCCAUACAUAGGGAAAAUGGAAAAUUGUAGCUAAAUGUACCUUUAUUUAGAAAAUGUUCAUGACAGAAUUUUUCCUUUGUGUGGAGACUUUUGGGACACCCUGUAUUUUGUUACUUAAGGUCGUUCAGCUUGUACCAGUGGUUAUUUGAGUUUGUUCCUAUUACAACAGUCCUUACUUGAGGUUGUUCAGAUUACAUUUUCCAAAUUCAUUCUGGGAUUGUCUAUUCUAGGGAUGACAGAAAAAGCAUACAGAUGCUUCUCUCCCAGCAGUGUUGAAUGCCUGCCCCACUGUUGUUUGGGGAGAUGGGAUCGGGCUCCUGGGUCAUGUGAAUAUCCCCUUGGAUGAUUUGCAGUUGCCUAGAAUAAAACUUGCUACUAGCAGAAAAGGUU